CAACCACACAAAACACAAAGGAAAAAUCGACCAAGUCAGGAAAAAGAAAUAAACAAAAAGGAAAACCGAAAUACAAAAAUUGCAAACGCCACAAAGCAAGCGCUAAAAUAGGGAAAAGCUGAGGCCGAUAUCUUACCGCGAAACAUUUCCCACAACGCUCACUGGAAGCUUCUCUUUCAGACCAAUGGCCGCAAUCUCAGCCGUCGGAUCUCUUCCUAAGCAUUUUCCGGCCAAAUUCCCCACUGCAGGCCCACCGUCUUCGCCAUUAUUUCUAAACCUGCACAUUUCUUGUCGAAGUUCCUUCGAAUCAUCAAGGUCGUUUGAGCCAAAGAGAUGCUCGGAGCGUAGGCCGCUUAUUGAUCGGAGAGAGGUUGUGAUGUCUUCGAUUGGAUUAUUGGCAGCGGAAAUUUUCGAUGCUCAAAGGGAUGAAGUUUCCACUGCGUCUGAAUACGCCGACAGCUCACUGUUUGAGCAUAUAGUGCCUGCAAUUCGGGGAAAGGAUUAUGGGAAGUCAAAGAUGAAGUACCCUGAUUACACUGAAACAAUUUCCGGUCUUCAGUAUAAGGAUUUGCGGAUGGGUGAUGGCCCCACUCCGAAGAUAGGUGAAACUGUAGUGGUUGACUGGGAUGGCUACACUAUCGGAUAUUACGGCAGGAUAUUUGAAGCUCGUAACAAAACAAAGGGUGGCUCCUUCGAGGGAGAUGAUAAGGAUUUCUACAAAUUCAGAUUAGGUUCGCAAGAGGUACAAUAUCACUCAACACAAAUUUAUCAUUGCAUGGAAGUCAGAUUUUAUAGAAGAUUUUCCAUGAUGAUGAUAAUUGUCCCCCCAGAACUCGGAUAUCCUGAGAAUGAUUUCAACAGGAAAGGUCCAAGGCCAACAACAUUUUCGGGUCAAAGAGCACUGGAUUUUGUAUUGAGGAAUCAAGGGUUGAUUGAUAAAACUCUCUUGUUUGAUAUUGAGCUCCUUAAGAUUGUCCCAAAUGGAAGGAGCUAAAUUAGUUACUCAAAUGCGAUAUAUUUUUCUUUAGUCUUUUUCCCCCUUGUUGGUAAUUGGCGACAAAGGCCCUGGCAAUACCUGUGUAUAAUUUGUAAUACCACACAUUGUGUAACGUAAUCGUAAAUCUUGAACUCAAAUUGUUGCAAUGCUGCCUUUACAUUUGUCUAGUGUAUACAUUUAUGGGUGGUCUCUACAUGUUACGUUUUUUCAGCACAAGUAUUUUUGAAAUAGCUUACUCUAAAGUAAUUGCCGG